AUGGGUUAUAUACGUUUAUAUUUAAAUUUUCAAGGUACUCUGUACUUGAUUGAUUCUUUUGAAUUUGGUAAUCCGGUCAGAAUAUUAAAAAUACUCAAUUUGAAAUCAGUCAAUACUAUAAUAUACAUAUUAAAUACGGGAUGUUCAGUACAAAUGUCAUUCAUUACAUGUACCACUGAGUCACUUCAAUAUUCCAAAUGUAUUUGGAGUUUCAAAUUUAAUAGAUGUGAGCAUGAAACAUAUAUCAAACGAAGUGUAACAAUCAAAAAUGAUUUCAAUAUUUCAAACAUAUUAAUAUCAAGUGGAGUGACAGAUACAAAAUCAAAACGUAGUAGAUGUAUUGAAUAUGCACUGCCUUUUGCAAUGAUUGUUGUUUUAUCCGUUUCACUUGUUGUUUGGUUGAUUAAACGUAAGCAAAAGAAAUGA